AUGAGUGCUACCAGUCAGUCCCACGGUCAACUGGUCCGUCUUCGCGCACUUUAUCCCUCACAACUGCCCGCCCAUCCGGACUUGACAGCAUUGCAAGGCACCGCAUCGGCAUUGCCAGACCUAGACACCUUCAUCAUCUCCGUCUUGACCGAAGCCUCGACUUUCAUGACCGACUACCUGCCAAAGAACUUUUCCAUCAAGGACAGAUCAAAAACAUCUCCGCCGGCAAAGGCUACCGUCCAACUUCUGGCUCAUGAGAUCUCUGCCCAGCAGUUGGGUGCCAAUGCACAAGACGAAGCUUGGUUUGCACGCACGAGUCUCCACGAGAACAAAAAGGAAAAGGGCACUGCUAGUUGGGAUGAAUUUGAAGCUGGUUUGCUUGAUGAUCACAGUCUGCACGAAUCGCAGUAUACCCCGGAUGUGUUUGAUGCACACAAAGUGCUAUCCUGGGACGACAAGCUAGCUGAGAAGCAGGCCAAGGUUGGCAAUUGGGAGAAGAUUGGCUUGAACAUCUUCGAGAUGGGUCAUCACAUCCCGCCUCCUCUAGACAACCGAGCUUUUCCGGUUCUUGUGGUCACGGCUCGCUCGGCUGGUCCCAAAGACCCGUCUUUCUUGGUCGUUCAGAUCCCGGUCAAUAUAACCAAGCUGGACAAGGCAAUGUACUCUACGCACAAGAACAAGACUGCGGGUGACACUGCCGAGAAGAGGAAGCCUGUCACUCUGGGCCAGUACGUCAGCAUCGAGCGUUGCACCAUGGUCGAGGACAUCAAUGUGAAGUGGCAGAUGGCCACAGCAUCCGACGCGAAGGGCAAUCUUCCAAUGUGGGCACAAAAGAUGGGUGUUCCUGCUGCGGUAGUCAAGGAUGUCGGCCUUUUCAUCGGAUGGAACGAUGACAAGAGGAGAUGA